AGUACAUAUAUGCAAACACCGACCACGGCAUCUGUGUAGCCCGAACACUCGAACCUUGUAGGCAGGAGAAGGGUUGCGCAGCGGCCAGACAGGCAAACACACGUAACCUGCUUGUAAGGGAAAGUCCCCUUGAAAUGCACUGAGCGUCGUGGCUUCUUCUUCUUUAUUCUUAUUAUUAUCUUUUAAUAGUUCCCUGCACAAUGCCGCCGGCCGGGUCUGGGUACACCUUUGCGGACUUUCUGCAGCGGCUGGAGCGGAGCCCCAUUGCCCACAUGUCCCCGCUUUAUCACGAGCACCGACUCCUCUUCGUAAAUCGACCCGACAUGCUUUCGAGAGCGGUGCUCUCCAUUUCGUGGGAGCGUGGAGUUGCGCUGAUGGACGCCGCGUACUACACGCAGCCGGUGGCGGUCGAGACGUACCGCGCGCUGCUGGCACGGAUGCUGCGCCACAACCGCCACGUCGAAAAGAGCGGGGCGGGGAAGCUCGUGAGCUGGCAAGCCGCGAUGAAGGUGAUGAACGAAGCGGUCCUCACACACGGCACGUCGCUGCCGACGCGUGUGACCGUCUCCACCCUCCGCCUGCUCGCCCCACAUCGUCAGUGGAAGACCGCCAUCGAUCUACUGAAGCUAAGCCAAGCGAAUGGGCAGCUGACGAAGCCGAUGCUGCUCGAUGCGGCACACGCCUGUGCCACUUCCACCGCGUGGCCGGAAGCCCUGAAGCUGCUGAUGCACCUACACAAGCAGGAGCCACCGCUGCUGCGCGACGCCAUUCAAAGCAUGCGUCCACCUGGCUCCACCGCCUUCACCUCCUUCACGGCAGCUCAGGCGCUUCUCCCCCCUACGCAGGACAGCCCCGCCGGUCCAACACCGGCGCAGCAACACAUUUUGGAGGUGCUGAACAGCGUCGUGGGAAGCGUACCGCACCAGGUGGCGCUGCACGACCCGCUCUGUUCUUCCUACCUGACGCACCUGCUGGCGAGCACGACGCUCAGCGCGGAGUUAAAAGUGAAGCGCGCCACAUCCGCCUUGGCGCGGCUCCCGUGGACGGUGGCGCUGCAGCUUCUGAGCGACGUCAGCGAGCCGGUGUUGCUGACGGACGCGGAGUGGCAGAGGGUGCAGGAGACUGCUUUGCUCGCCGGCCAAGGCAACCGUCGCCUUGCGAAAGCUGCUAGGAGCGGUAAGCGAAGAAAAGGGAAAGGACUGAAGGAAAAGAAUACGAAUUGUGCAGACUCCGUGACGAGAGAGGAUGUAGACGAAGCAGAUGCUGCUGUGCGGGGUGCGGCAGAAGGUGACACCGCGCGUGGUGGAAGACGAAGUGAAGCGGUCUCGGACGACACCGCCUCCGCGUCGGCCACCACGGCCAUCACGCCUGCAACGACCGCUCUGUUUUCUCGCCUGCAGCUGCUUCGCACAUCGCCGCUAACGUGCGCCGCCAUGAUCGCAGUGAUGAUCGACAAACUGCCGACGCCUGAGAUGGCGGUGUCUUUCAUUCGCUGCUGCGCCGCGCAGCUUGCCCAAUCGAGCACCGCGCCAUCGCCUGCUUCGCCGCUGCACCUCAACGCAGACGUUGGCCCAGCAGGAGAGGCCGCAGCUCUCCCGAGUGCUAGUGCUGCCGGAUCGGUGGCGGCCACGCGGCAUCCAGUCGUGGUAUGCGCGCUGCUCCGCAACUGCGCGCGGCACGACACAGGGUGGUCCAUUGCUGCCAAUGUGCUGCUCGAGCACAGCGGCGCACAGGUGCCCACGCCGACGGAAUUGCUGAGUACCAUAGUGCAUCAGCUGCGACAGGCAAAGAAAGUUUCGCUCGUCGUGCGACUGCUGCACCAGCACGUCAUCCCCUCUGGCAGUUUGUUGACGGCGCGUGCAUGGGAAGAUGUGCUGGAGUGCGCGCUGGCACACAACCGCGUACUGCAGUUGCGGUCGGCGGAGGGGAACGCGAAGACGGACGGUAGCGACGAGCACGUGCUGCGCUACAGCGGAAAUAGCGUCACUCGUCGACAGCCGCACCGUGGCUCCGCGCUGAGCGCAUCCGGGUUGUCUGGUGUGCACUGGGUGUCGGCGCUGAGUUGGGUGUUGGACCGCCAGGCGCCUCCGCAUGAGGCGCGCAUUGUGAAGACCGGCACGGGUCCCUCGCCUGGCGCCAUACCGCGGCACCCGACGGCGCACGAACGUCUGGAGCAGCCCCUCACCCCCAAGAUGUUGAGCCUGCUCAUCAACAUAUGCGUGCAGGGGGGAAGCCCGCAGGGCGCGCUGCACGCGAUGAGCUACGCACGCCGAGUGGACAAAAUGGAGCUUCCCCACACGGCGCAGAUACGCGCGCUGCUGUUCUGCGUGCAGCACAACCGCCCUUUGGAGGCGGAGGCCAUUGUGGCGCAGUUGGCAAAGAAGGAGGGCGAGGAAGCGGCACAGCCUCUUCAGCAUCUGUUGAGGAUCGUAGGCGAGCGCCAGCAGGGCAACGAGUCGUCGUGA